AUGUCAACAAAUACUGAUGAAGCCAUCAAAUAUAAAGAUGAAGGAAAUCAACAUUUGAAAAAUCAUGAAUAUGAAGAAGCAAUAGCGUCUUAUACAAAAGCUAUCGAAUUAGAUCCAACGAAUGCAAUAUUUUAUUCAAAUAGAGCUCAAGUUCAAAUUAAAUUAGAAAAUUAUGGUUUAGCUAUACAAGAUUGUGAUUUAGCAAUUGAACAAAAUCCUAAUUUUUUAAAAGCAUAUUAUAGAAAAGGUGUAUCUCAAAUGGCUAUAUUACAACAUAAAAAAGCUCAACAAAAUUUUAAAUUUUUAUUAACAAAAUUGCCGAAUGAUAAAUUAACUUUAGAAAAUUAUAAACAAUGUACAAAUUAUUUAAAAAGAGAAGCUUUUGAAAAAGCUAUAGCUGGAGAUUCUCAUGUUUCUAUUUUUAAUACAAUUGAUUAUUCAAGUAUUCAAAUUGAAAAAUCAUGGCAAGGACCAACUUUAGAUAUAACGACUAAAAAAGAUAAUAAAAAUAAUGUAAUCGUCGAUAUUGAAGGACUUGAUCUAAAUUAUUUGAAAUAUGUUAUAAAAUUAUUUAAAGAUGGAGGUAGAUUACCAAAAAAACACGUUUUUGCAAUAAUAGCGAAAGUAAAUCAAAUUUUAAAAAAUGAAAAAAGUAUGACUGAAGUUUCAAUAAAUCAUUCAAAAUUAUCAAGAAGUUCAAAUGAUGAUGAAAUAAUAGGUGGCUCGAAAUUAACAGUAGUUGGAGAUACUCAUGGACAAUUUUAUGAUGUAUUAAACAUAUUUAAAAAAUUUGGUAAAGUUUCAAAUGAUCAUGUAUAUUUAUUUAAUGGAGAUUUUGUUGAUCGAGGAUCUUGGUCAACUGAAGUUAUAUUAUACUUGUAUAUAUUAAAAAUUUUAUUUCCAACAAAAAUAUUUUUAAAUAGAGGAAAUCAUGAAACAAAUGAUAUGAAUAAAACUUAUGGAUUUUGUGAUGAAGUUGAACAUAAAUAUAAUAAAAAAAUUUAUAAAUUUUUUACUGAAAGUUUUGGUUCAUUACCAUUAGCUUGUUUAAUAAAUAGAGAAUAUUUAUGUAUGCAUGGAGGAUUAUUUUCAAAUGAUAAGACCACCUUAAAUGAUAUUAAAAAUAUAAAUAGAUUCCCCAUUAGUGGAUCAUCACAACCUCCAAAAGAAGGUAUAGCAAUGGAAUUAUUAUGGACUGAUCCUCAAGUUAUAAAUGGUAGAUCACCUUCUAAAAGAGGUAUUGGUAUUCAAUUUGGACCAGAUAUAACUGAAAGAUUUUGUUUAAAUAAUAAAAUUAGAAAAAUUUUAAGAUCACAUGAAGUUAGAAUGUCAGGUAUAGAAGAAGAACAUAAUGGUAGAUUAAUAACUGUAUUUUCAGCACCAAAUUAUUGUGAUUCAACAGGUAAUUUAGGUGGGGUAUUACAUUUUAUUGAAAAUUCAAAAUAUGAUCCAACAAAAGAUGAAGGUGAUGGAUAUAAAAAAAUUGAAGAUGAAAAUAAUCCAUGGUUAUUAACUAAUGAAACUUUUGAAGCUGUCGAACAUCCAGAUAUAAAACCAAUGGCAUAUUCAAAGGGAGGUUUUGGAUUUUAA